AUGCGUCUUCCUGGUGGGAGUAAGUACUUUUCCAGGUUUUAUUCAUACACAAAUUUCGCAAUAUUGAUAAUAGCUGAUAAUUUCUGCUACCCGUCCUGUGAUGAAUGCCCCGAAACUCUCGCAGAAAUCGGAUCGGUGAGAAAUUUUUAUAUUUGUCAUUAUUCAAACGGCUUUGAACAUUUUUUAGUUGGAGGGUUCAGCAUAAUACCCAAAUUGAAGAAGUGUAACAUAACCUGACAUACAGCUAAUAAACUAGGGCUCAAAUGUUCUGUUCACUCAAAGUUGUGAUCAUUUUCAGCUGGUGAAGGGCACGUUGUUUAAUAUUGAUGCUACCUCAUACCGCCUCUGCGGACUUAAUCGGCCUACAAAGAAGAGCUGCCUGGAAGUGAAAGAUCUAGUGCUCUCAGUGAUUGGGAAGAUCAGUGAUGAACUGUUCCCGAAUCUGAAAUCCAACACCAGUCGCAGCUUAUCUUGCAGUCACCUCCUGGGCAUUUGCGCCGACCAGUAAGCUUUAAUGUCGAAAUUAGUGAAGCUUUUUUGUCUUCAUCACCAUAUAAAAUGUUAUGAUUCUUGUUAGUAUAUUUAUCUUUCAGUGAUUCGGACGGAAAAGAUCUGGAAAAAAAUCAGUGGAGCUGUAACAGCUGUAACACUUUUCUAAACGCCGGACUCAGUGUAAGCAUACGCUUUUUGUCAAUGUCUUACCAAUAAUAUGAUAAUGUAAUGUUUCAUACGGAACUGUCCCUCAAAAAUGUGUUUGGUGUUCAAUUGAACUUCUCAUCCACUCACAGUAAAGCAUUAUAGAUAGAUAGUUAGAUAGAUAUAGAUAUUUAUCCUUCUUGUUAGUAUAUUUCAAAAAAACUAAAAUUCAAAACAUAUUUUAGUUUCGAUUUCAUAAUUAUUCAUUUUCAGGUUCUGAAAACCCCCCUGGAGGACAUCAACCGAGCCGCGGCUACCUUUUUCUGCGGGGAGCAGCAGGAAUGCAAUUCAGAAUUUAUGACAGUUAUCGAGAUAACUGGUGUUCUGGGAAAGGUCAUUAGGGAAAAGGUAUGUAUGUAUGUCUUUUUUAAGGGAGUAAAACGAGAUUAAUCUAGCAAUACCAUUAAGAUGAUUGUUAUGUAAUCUGAGUAGCCUCUAUAAAAAGAUGACGAGAGAAAGAAAACAACAGACCAAAAAAAGCUAAAAUCUCGAUUUACAGCUCUUUUGAUCAAAAAGAAUUGACUUCGAAACCAAGUUUGUACAAUUUCAGAAAGCGAUUGAUGAGGUCUGUCGCUCGGUCAUGCUAUGCAAGGGAUAA